UCCAACGGUUCUCAUCCAAUUAUUUCCUCGUCUCAUCCGCAGGAUGUAGGCUAGGUUAGCUCAGAGAUAAUCAGUUUCUCGCUGGUGUUUAUAGCUUCAAGGUACAUUCGUCUUCCUCCUUGAUGAGAGGGAAGAACAGGGCUCCAUCCACAUUUCACUCAGACUACAUCGAGAGAGUCAGAUGGUCAUGGAAGCAGCAGAUGAGGAGAGGCCACUGCUGAACCAUCUUUGCCGGCCUCCACAGCCACAGGAAGAAUGCUCAAGAUACACCGGUGAUGGAACAGUUGAUAUCAACGCACAGCCUGCUCUCAAGCAGAGCACCGGCAACUGGAGAGCAUGCUUCUUCAUUCUAGGUGCCGAAUUCAGCGAAUGCGUGUGCUUCUUCGCCGUCUCGAAGAACUUGAUCACCUACCUUACGACGGUGCUCCACGAGAGCAACGUCGGCGCCGCGAGGAAUGUGUCCGCCUGGGUCGGCAGCUGCUUCCUCACGCCGAUCAUCGGAGCCUUCUUGGCCGACUCUUAUUGGGGAAGAUAUUUGACAAUUCUAGUCUUCCUCUCCGUUUACACAUUCGGGAUGCUCAUCAUGGCAUCAUCAACGGCGCUUCCGUUGCUCCUGCCACGUUCGUCCGACGAGGGCAGUGGUUUCCACCGUGCCGCAGUGUACCUGGGGCUCUACCUCGUCGCCCUCGGCACCGGCGGCAUCAAGCCCUGCAGCGCGGCCCUCGGGGCCGACCAGUUCGACGGCGCCGACCCGACGGAGCGGCUGGCCAAGGCCUCCUUCUUCAACUGGUACUACUUCUCGAUCAACAUUGGCUCGCUGCUGUCGGCGACGCUGCUUGUGUGGGUGCAGGACAACAUCGGGUGGACCCUCGGGCUCGCGAUCCCGACGGUGCUCAUCGGGUUCGGCCUCGCCAUAUUCGUCGCCGGCCGGAAGAUAUACAGGUACAAGCCACUGGGAGCGGGAAGUAGUCCGCUGACGCGGGUCUCCCAAGUGCUUGUCGCGGCCGCGAGGAACUGCCGUCUCGAGCUGCCCGAUGAUACGUCGGCCCUGCACGAACAUGGCCGGGCUGAGCAGCACACCAGUCAAUUCAGGUUCUUUGACAAGGCUGCGAUCGUGCUCCCGUCGCCGGAGAAGAAGGGCCCGUGGAGGCUCUGCACGGUGUCGCAGGUGGAGGAGCUGAAGAUGCUGCUGCGCAUGUCCCCCGUCUGGGCGUCGAUGCCCGUCUUCUUCGCGGUCACCGCGCAGAUGUCGUCGACGAUGAUCGAGCAGGGCAUGGCCAUGGACAACCGCGUCGGCGCCUUUGUCGUGCCGCCGGCGUCGCUCUCCACCUUUGACAUCGUCAGCGUCCUCGUGUGCGUUCCGCUCUACGAUGCCGUGCUGGUGCCGCUCUCACGGCGCAUCACCGGCGAGGACAGGGGAUUCACGCAGCUGCAGCGCAUCGGCGCCGGCCUCGCACUGUCCACGGCCGCCAUGGCGUACGCCGCGUUGGUCGAGGCAAGGCGAUUGGCGUCCGCGACCUCGAUGAGCAUCAUGUGGCAGGCGCCGUGCUACUUCGUGCUGGGCGCGGCCGAGGUGUUCGCCAGCAUCGGCAUGCUCGAGUUCUUCUACGACCAGUCCCCAGGGUCCAUGAAGAGCCUGGGCGCCGCGCUUGCACAGCUCGCCAUCGCUGGUGGCAGCUACCUCAACUCCGCCCUGCUCGGCGCCGUCGCGUCGGCCACGGGGUGGAUCCCGGACGACCUCGACCAAGGCCACCUCAACUACUUCUAUUGGUUCAUGGCUGCUCUCAGCGCGCUCAACCUGUUGCAGUUCGUCUACUGCUCUACCCGACACAAAAGAUAAAGAUCAUCACUUUCUUAACUACUCAAUAUGUACUCCGUGCAACUACUUUCUCCGUUCCUAAAUAUAAAUCUCUAUUUCGCUAA